UUUUUUUUUUUUACAGUCAGCACUCAGAUACACGUCAGUCGCGUUUUACCGUCCUUGUGUCACACGCGAUUUCCGACUCCGUCACCAGUCCGCUUGAUCUUUAGAGGAUUAUCGGACACAGACCGCAUUUUUAUUUAUUUUUAUUUUUUAAAUCCACAUGCGCAGUUUAGUCCGUGUGCAUUUACAGUGCGAGCGAGUUUCACCGAAAAUGCAAUCAACAAAAAAGCGAACACGAACGGCGAUUCCUGCGAAUGUGAAGCGAGAGAUCUGCCUUUUCCACGAGCAAAACCCGAAAGCAUCCAGGGACUGCGUCAUCCGACACGUGUUUAAAGGGCACAGACUGGCUCUGGGUCGGUCAACUAUUUCCGACAUCUUAAAAGAAAAAGAGAAGUGGCUGUUUCGUUUACCCACGGACACGUCCACGAAGGCGAGGACCCCGCAGCAGCAGCGCCUGGAAGAUGCGCUGUUUCUGUGGUUCAGCGAAGCCAGGGCUCGAGCAAUGCCGGUCAGCGAUGAGAUUCUCAUCACAAAAGCGAAAUCCGUGGGGGAGAGGCUAGGGGUGCCGGAGACUUUCUCUUAUUCAGUCGGCUGGCUUCAGAGAUUUAAACAGCGUCGCAAAAUCCGUUUUUAUAAACGCCACGGGCGGGCUGCGAGCGAGGGGGGCGCAGCUGUGACUGACGCUCGUAGAGUUUUAAAGGCUUUUCUGCGUGGUUAUGACCUGAAUGAUAUUUACAGCAUGGACGAGUCUGGGCUGUUUUUUCGAAUGGAACCGAAUGCAGCCCUCGGUCCCGUGUCCGGAAAGAAGAGAAACACACAAAGGCUUACCGUAGCGUUGUGUGUGAACGCACUGGGCACGGACAAACGGAAGCCGCUCGUCGUUUGGGAAUGCAAGCGCCCGCAUUGCUUUGAAAGGGACUUUGAUCCUAACCGCGUUUGCUGUUGGCGCUGGAACGAAAACGCCCGGAUGACGGCUUUGCUCUUUGAAGAAUGGCUUCAGGAGUUUGACAGGUCGAUGCGUGUCCGAAACAGACACGUUGUUCUGCUGCUUCACAGCACACCAUCGCACAAAAACACCGCGGAGCAGCUGACCAACGUGUCCCUGCGCUUUCUACCCCCCGACACAACCUCCGCAAUCCAGCCUCUGGAUGCAGGAAUCAUACGGAACUUCAGAGCGCUGUACCGCCGCCAGCAGCUGCAGCACUACGUGCGCUGUGUGGACGCUGGCAAACCUCAAGACGUAAAUAUCAAGGAGGCGCUUUAUUUAGUCCGAGACAGUUGGCAACAAGUUAGCGCCGCAACCAUAUCCAACUGCUGGAGACACUGCGACAUACUGCCGACCCACCCAGAACCUGCUGGACCCGGUUCCGAAGAGGCCAAUACAACUGCAGAGGUGAUCAGAUCCAUUUCUGAAAUUCUUACACGCCUGCCUGGCACCGCUGGGGUGACGCCCGACAGCAUCCUCAGGGCCGAAGAAGACGCGCCAAUCAGCGAAACACUGGCCGAUGACGGCUUUGUUGAACUAGCCCGGCAUUGUGCUCCAGAUUCAGCGAGAGAGACGCUGGACGAGGAUGACAGGGCUCCCCCGAGACCGGCGACAGCGAGGGAAGUCCGUCGGGGGCUCGAGUCGGCACUGGCCUAUGCAGAGCAAAACCCAGACUUGUUUGGAAUCGGAGAAAUCGAUUGCAUUCGAGGACUCAUAAAAAAGACAGCAGCUGUUGGGCACCAGAAUGCACGCCAAACAACACUGUGUGAAUACUUCAGACAGUAACUAGAUACCUGAAUGCAGUUUAAUAAACACUGUGUGAAUACUUCAGACAGUAACUAGAUACCUGAAUGCAGUUUAAUAAACACUGUGUGAAUACUUCAGACAGUAACUCGAUACCUGAAUGCAGUUUAAUAAACACUGUGUGAAUACUUCAGACAGUAACUCGAUACCUGAAUGCAGUUUAAUAAACACUGUGUGAAUACUUCAGACAGUAACUCGAUACCUGAAUGCAGUUUAAUAAACACUGUGUGAAUACUUCAGGACAGUAACUCGAUACCUGAAUGCAGUUUAAUAAACACUCUAUACUUCAGACAGUAACUCGAUACCUGAAUGCAGUUUAAUAAACACU